GUCGCUAUAACGACACGAGCCUGCGCGCCUUGCAGCCACAGUUAGGGGAUAACCCGACGAGUCAGCAGCCAUGGCGCCUCCCAUCUCCUCCUUGUCGUCUCUCAUGGCGUCCAGCCCAGUCCCGCCGCCGCCGCUCCCCAAGUCCAGCAGCAGGGCGCUCACCGUCGCGCCCUGCAACUCUUCCGCCUCCUCCUCGCCGUCCACUUCCUCGUCUUCGUGCCAAGUGGCAUCGCCGGGCAGGAGGGGGCUGCUCUCUCUGGGCGCGGGGUUCCUGGCCUCGGCCGCGCUGCUGGGCUCGGCCGAGGACGCAGGGGCGACGCGCAUCGAGUACUACGCGACGGUCGGGGAGAAGCUCUGCGACCUGACCCUCGUCAAGUCGGGGCUUGCGUACUGCGACGUCGCCGUCGGCACUGGCGUCCAGCCCCCGCGCGGCGAGCUCAUCAAUGUUCACUACACUGCAAGAUUUCCUGACGGGACGGUGUUCGACAGCAGCUACAAACGCGGCAGGCCACUGACAAUGCGCAUCGGCGCAGGCAAGAUCCUCCGAGGGCUUGAACAGGGAAUCAGCGGAGGUGGUGGUGUGCCGCCAAUGCUUGUUGGUGGGAAGCGCAAGCUUAUGAUACCUGCAACUUUGGCGUACGGGCCUGAACCAGCAGGCUGCUUCUCAGGAGACUGCAACAUUCCGGGAAACUCCACACUUCUAUACGACAUUCUCCUCGUUGGAAUUUACAAGUGAGCGUCUGAUGAGGAGGAAUAUUCAGGAAUUAGAACAGAUAGUUUUCUGGAACACAUCGAGAGUUUCAGGCAGAAGUUGUACCGGGCAGAGGAAGAGAAACAAAAGUGUCACUUGAACCCCUUGGAAAAGCUUGUGCAUAAACUUUUUAUUCUUUUUCUAAAAUUGAUUGGCACUGUUCCUGACCUAUUUCCAAAGAAAAUAAAACCCCUUGGAUUCCAGUA